AGCUUUAAGCUUAAUAUCGGUUUAUUUAAAUAAAAAGCUAUUAAAGAUUUCUAUGAAAGUAAAUAAUUGUAUGAAAACAGCUUUAAAAGUCUUAUGAGAAUAUUUCAGUGAAAUUUGGAGAGAAAAAACCUGCAAAAAUUUUGAAAAAUAAAAUCCUGUCGCCGUUGUUAACAAUACAGCGACAAAGUGAAUUUAUUUCAGCAUACCAUGUCCUCGAUAUCGGCGCAAGGCGUGGUCGAACGUGCCUCCGCUGAACUCUCCAAGCGUAUAAACGGCCUCGGCUUGCGUUCGAAACAUCAUCAUGGCAACAGCAGCAGCAGCAGCAGUGGUAGCGGUAGCAGCAACAACAGCAGCUCCAACAAUAGCAAUAAUACGUCGGCAGGUGGUGGUGGUGGAUCUUCAUCCACGUCCUCGAACAGUUCCAGCUCAACGAACUCCACGUCCUCGUCUACGUCGUCGUCGUCCUCGUCCACGGGUAAAACCUCGGUAAUGGAACGUGUAACGAAUGCUCUGUGCGGCGGCAAUUCCUCCUCUAACAACUCAAACGCUAAUUCCAAUACAACAAAUUCCAAUCUUUCAAAUACCAACAACAGUACAAGCACAACAGCAGCAGCAGCCGUCGUCGCUGCAGCCGCCACCACGCCCGACAAACCCUCAAGAGCUGGCACCCUGAGUAGCACACAAACGGCAAAUAGCAACCAACAGCUGCAGCAGCAAACAAUGGUCAGCAAUUCCACAACAAUACAGCAGCAACAUACUUCAGUUACCGUCUCUAGCUACCAAAUGAUGCAAAAGAGCCAACAGCAACAGCAGCAUCAACAGUAUUUAAGCUCUCAAAUAGCUAACUCAACGCUAAUCAAUUCAAAUCUAAUGAACUCAUCCUCCACACCCCCACCAGCUGUACCAGGCAUUCCAAUGGGUGCUCCGCCCGCACCCUCGGUAACCUCAAUUGCCAAGCAAAUGAACAUUACCAUACCCGGCUCCCCACAAUUCACCACCAUGGGCCUGGCGGCCGCCCAAAAAUCACAAUCGGCCACGCCUUUACAAUUGCGCAAACAGCUACCCAAUCCCCAUUUGCAUCAUCCGUAUGCCGCGGCCGUUGGCAGUGCAUCGGCGGCCACCCAGCUGGCCCAGGCUGUUACACAAUCUGCACUCAUAUUACCUAAACUACCGCCGCCCAUAACCAGCAUAGAGCUGCUCAUGAUGGACGAUCGUUUCUUGAAUAGAUUCUUCCUGUACUUUUCCUCGUACGAGCGCAGGAUUUUGGCUCAAGUGUGUACAAAAUGGCGUGAUGUUUUAUAUCGCAGUCCUCGCUAUUGGUCGGGGCUGUUGCCCACAUUGCAGUGCAGGGAACUGAGGCAAAUGACCGCCUCGGAUCGUGUGAAAUUGUUUAAUACUCUGAUACGUCGCGGCUUUCAUGCGUUGGCGUUGGUGGGUGCAAACGAUGAUGAUGCCUACGAUGUGGUGCAUUCGUUUGCGUUGGCCUCCAAACACAUACAUUCGCUGUCGCUGAGAUGCUCAUCGAUAUCGGAUCGGGGUCUGGAGGCUUUGCUGGAUCAUUUGCAGAGUCUUUUUGAACUGGAACUGGCUGGUUGUAAUGAGGUCACCGAAGCUGGCCUUUGGGCAUGUUUAACACCACGCAUUGUUUCAUUAUCGCUGGCUGAUUGUAUAAAUAUCGCUGAUGAGGCUGUGGGCGCGGUGGCACAAUUAUUGCCAUCAUUAUAUGAAUUUUCAUUACAAGCCUAUCAUGUUACCGAUGCUGCUUUGGGCUAUUUUUCGCCCAAACAAAGUCAUAGUUUAAGUAUAUUACGCUUACAAUCAUGUUGGGAAUUAACCAAUCAUGGUAUUGUUAAUAUUGUCCAUUCUCUACCACAUUUAACGGUUUUAAGUCUAUCGGGCUGCAGUAAAUUGACAGACGAUGGCGUUGAAUUGAUAGCGGAAAAUUUACAAAAGCUGCGGGCAUUAGAUUUAUCUUGGUGUCCUCGCAUAACAGAUGCUUCAUUGGAGUAUAUUGCCUGUGAUUUAAAUCAAUUGGAAGAAUUGACAUUGGAUAGAUGCGUUCAUAUAACCGACAUCGGUGUAGGUUACAUCUCAACUAUGCUCUCUUUAACGGCUUUAUUUUUGCGCUGGUGUUCCCAGGUCCGAGACUUUGGCCUCCAGCAUUUAUGCUCAAUGCGUAACCUACAAGUUUUAUCUUUAGCUGGCUGUCCUUUACUAACAUCGUCGGGUCUCUCUAGUCUCAUACAGCUGAGGCACCUGCAAGAACUAGAGUUGACCAAUUGUCCAGGGGCCUCACAAGAACUAUUCGAAUAUUUAAAAGAUCAUUUGCCACGCUGUUUAAUUAUAGAAUAAUUUCACUAAAAAAA